CCGGGAGAGCCUCGGCGGGCCGGGCCGGGCCGGACCGGCGGCGCCUCCCCCCCCGGUUCGGGGGGUCCCCGGGCUCGGCCCCCGAACGCCCCUCUCUUCCGUUCUCCAUGUCAUUUCCUGUGCUAAUAAGAUGGUGGUCACGGCCGGGAGGGAGGGAGCCGCCGCCGCCGCCUCCGCCGAGCCCGGCCCGGCCCCGGGACCCGUCCUCGCCUGGGACUAGCCAGCGGGGCCGGCGGGGAGGGAGGGCGCAGCCAGCCGGGCUCUCUCCCCCCCCCCCCCCCCCCCCCCGCCUCCCCUCCCCACCUCCCCGGGGUGGAGCGGGGCCCCCCGACGCCGAGGCGGGCCCCCCGCGCCCGCAGCGCCGAGAACAUGAGUGAAAACUUGAAAGACUGUUUGAUCCAGACCCAGGCUUCCUUAGGGGAGAUGGUGACGAUAAAAACAGAGGCCUGCUCUCCGCGCCGGGACCAGGAGUAUGGACAGCCUUGCUCUGGAAGGCCUGACCCACAGUCCAUGGAGGUGGAGCCCAAGAAACUGAAAGGGAAACGGGAUUUGAUCGUGACUAAGAGCUUUCAGCAAGUGGAUUUCUGGUUCUGCGAGUCCUGCCAGGAGUACUUUGUGGAUGAGUGCCCGAACCACGGUCCCCCGGUGUUCGUGUCUGACACCCCAGUGCCCGUUGGCAUCCCUGACCGGGCAGCGCUGACCAUCCCGCCUGGAAUGGAGGUGGUGAAAGAGCCCAGCGGGGAAAACGACGUGCGCUGCAUGAACGAGGUGAUCCCCAAAGGUCACAUCUUCGGGCCGUAUGAGGGGCAGAUCUCUAGCCAGGACAAGUCUGCAGGAUUCUUCUCGUGGCUGAUCGUUGAUAAGAACAACCGCUACAAAUCCAUCGAUGGGACGGAUGAAACCAAAGCAAACUGGAUGAGGUAUGUGAUCAUCUCCCGGGAGGAGAGGGAGCAGAAUCUGAUGGCCUUCCAGCACAGCGAGAGGAUUUACUUCCGCGCCUGCCGUGACAUCCGCCCUGGGGAGAAGCUGCGGGUCUGGUACAGUGAGGAUUACAUGAAGCGGUUGCACAGCAUGUCCCAGGAGACCAUCAACAGAAAUCUCACAAGCGGAGACAAAAAGUUGCUGAGGGAAAAGUCAGAAAAGAAUGUGGAAAAUCAAGAGGACGUGAGGGGGCCGCUCCAGCUCGCCACCUUAAAGCAAGGGAAGAGCCCCUACAAGCGCAGUUGUGACGAGGGGGAAUCCCACCCCCAAACGAAGAAAAAAAAGAUCGACCUCAUCUUCAAAGACGUCCUGGAGGCUUCCUUGGAGUCCGCCAAAUUUGAAGAGAACCAGUUAGCAACGAGUAUGCCGCUUUCCAUCAGAAAAGCAUCUAAAUACCAGGCCGAAGACAUCUUUGAGAGGUGUGGCAGUGCCAUGCAGCACGGCUCCCUGAACCUCAGCAGAAACCGGAGCGAGGGGGAGUGGAAGGUCCCCCACGGUUCCUCUUUCAUCUCAGCCAAAGAGGUGGGCAUCCUCGAAGAUGAGGAAGAGGAGCCCCUGUCACUCGCAGCAGACAGCCCGACCGAGCUGUCCCUGGCCUCUGUGCAAGGCAACUCCCAUGAAAUCCCCACCACCUCCUUCUGCCCCAACUGCAUCCGGCUGAAGAAGAAGAUCCGGGAGCUGCAGGCCGAGUUAGACAUGCUGAGAUCUGGGAAGUUACCCGAGCCACCCGUGCUACCGCCCCAGGUACCCGAGCUCCAAGAGUUCUCGGACCCCACAGCUUCCGAAAGCAUCAUCUCUGUUCCCACCAUCAUGGAGGACGAUGACCAAGAGGUGGAUUCUGCUGAUGAAUCAGUUUCCAAUGACAUGAUUGCUGCUACAGACGAGCCUUCUAAGAUGUCUUCCGCAACAGGCCGGAGGAUACGGCGGUUCAAGCAAGAGUGGCUUAAAAAGUUUUGGUUUCUGCGGUACUCCCCGACACUGAAUGAAAUGUGGUGCCACGUCUGUAGGCAGUACACAGUGCAAUCCUCUCGGACUUCAGCCUUCAUCAUUGGCUCAAAGCAGUUCAAGAUACACACGAUAAAGCUUCACAGCCAGAGCAACCUCCACAAGAAGUGCCUGCAGCUUUACAAGCUCAGGAUGCACCCCGAGAAGACAGAAGAGAUGUGCCGAAAUAUGACCCUGCUCUUCAAUACAGCCUACCACUUGGCCCUGGAGGGCAGGCCCUACUACGACUUUCGGCCUCUGGCAGAACUACUGAGAAAGUGUGAACUCAAGGUGGUGGAUCAGUACAUGAAUGAGGGAGACUGCCAAAUCUUGAUCCACCACAUCGCCCGGGCUCUUCGAGAGGACCUGGUUGAACGCAUCCGACAGUCUCCCUUCCUCAGCAUCAUUCUGGACGGGCAGAGCGACGACUUGCUUGCGGACACGGUCGCAGUUUACGUGCAGUACACGAGCAGCGACGGGCCUCCGGCAACCGAAUUCCUGUCUCUUCAGGAGCUGGGCUUUUCUACGACAGACAGUUACCUCCAAGCGUUAGACAGGGCUUUUUCCAGCCUGGGAAUACGGUUGCAGGAUGAGAAGCCAACUAUUGGCUUGGGAGUCGAUGGUGCUAACGUUACUGCCAGCCUGAGAGCCAACUUGUUCAUGACAAUCAGAAAGACCUUGCCCUGGCUUCUCUGCCUGCCCUUUAUGGUGCACAGGCCCCACUUGGAAAUUUUGGAUGCCAUCAGUGGGAAGGAGCUGCCGUGCCUGGAGGAGCUAGAAAACAAUUUGAAGCAGCUGCUCAGUUUCUAUCGUUACUCUCCCCGACUCAUGUGCGAGCUGAGGGUCACUGCUGCCACGCUGUGCGAGGAGACCGAGUUCUUGGGCGACAUUCGAGCAGUGAAGUGGAUCAUCGGGGAGCAGAACGUGCUCAACGCUCUAAUCAAGGAUUACCUUGAGGUUGUAGCCCAUCUCAAAGACGUCAGCGGCCAGACCCAAAGGGCGGACGCGUCUGCCAUUGCCUUGGCCCUCCUGCAGUUCCUGAUGGACUACCAGUCGAUUAAACUCAUAUACUUCCUGCUGGAUGUGAUUGCUGUGCUUUCACGCCUCGCCUACGUCUUCCAAGGGGAGUAUCUUCUUGUGUCGCAGGUGGACGACAAAAUAGAGGAGGCCAUCCAGGAGAUCAGCCGGCUAGCAGACUCGCCUGGGGAGUACUUGCAGGAGUUUGAGGAAAACUUCCGUGAAAGCUUUAAUGGCAUCGCUGUGAAAAACCUACGGGUGGCUGAAGCCAAAUUCCAGUCGAUCAGAGAAAAGAUCUGCCAGAAGACCCAGGUGAUCCUAGCCCAAAGGUUUGAUUCCCGUAGCCGGACAUUCGUGAAGGCCUGUCAGGUAUUUGACCUCGCAGCUUGGCCCAGAAGCACCGAUGAGCUCAUGAGCUAUGGGAAGGAGGAUAUGGUACAAAUAUUUGAACACCUGGAGACGGUCCCGUCGUUUUCCAGAGAGGUUUGCAGGGAGGGGAUGGACACCCGAGGGAGUCUGCUGAUGGAGUGGCGAGAACUCAAGGUGGAUUAUUAUACCAAAAACGGUUUUAAAGACUUGCUCAGUCACAUUUGUAAAUACAAACAGAGAUUCCCCCUCUUAAAUAAAAUAGUUCAGAUCCUCAAAGUCCUUCCCACCUCAUCGGCCUGCUGCGAGAAGGGGCGCAACGCCCUGCAGAGAGUGCGCAAAAACAACCGCUCUCGGCUCACGCUGGAGCAGCUCAGUGAUCUUUUGACGAUUGCCGUUAACGGGCCACCCAUUGCCAACUUCGAUUGUAAAAGGGCCCUAGAUAGUUGGUUCGAGGAGAAGUCGGGCAAUAGUUACGCGCUGUCAGCCGAAAUGCUGAGCAGGAUGUCGUCCCUUGAUCAGAAGCCGAUGUUGCAGAGCAUGGACCACGGCUCUGAGUUUUACCCCGAUAUUUAGGAAGGAAUGCCUCAGAUCAGAAAGCUGUUGAAUAAUUUUUUUAAUCUAUACUCUAAACUUUGAUAUAUUAUAUAAAAUAUAUAUAUAUAUUAUAUAUAUUAAGGAAAAACCCACACUGAAAAUUUAAAAGUUAAGACGAUGUGCGUCUGAUAGAAGCUAAGCAGAAUUUUAAAGAUUCAGACAAUGUUUAGACAUUUACUUGUGUCUCCAACCAUGGCAGCUGCAGUGUAGGUGGCAACAUUUCAUUCUUUAGAAGCAUGUGCUGGGGCCAUACUCUACAUGUUCAAACCUAAUGAUCUAUAAGCUAGACGACGGGUCUUUGUCAGCCUCAUCCUCCUGGUGGUUUCCUUUGUAUGUGUUUUGUCGGGUUGUUUUCUGUGUUGUUUUGUUUUGGGGUUGGUCGGUUGUUUUCUUCCCCCUCGGUUUUAAUCUCUGCCUCUCUUUCCGUUGUUCAGUCCAGUUAUUGAGCCAUUCGAGCCUUUCGUUGAUGACCGUCAGAUUUCUGAUUUCCGACAGAGCAUCCCGUGCGUUUAUGUUGUCCCCAGCUCUCCAACUCCACCCAGUUCUCUUCACUCGAGUGGGAGCUUUCUUCGCUCACAGAGAUUACUGGCAGGAGGAAAGGGCUGGGGACAUGAUUUUAGUUUUUGCUUCUGAUUUAGAAACAAAUGCCUCCACUAAACUGUGAUGCCCCUUUCUCACUUCUCCCUACUUUUGGGCUGUAGAGUAAUACUUGGCUUUCAGCUCCUUUUAUGAUAAACGUAGUACCAGUCUAUCAUACGUAUAUUAUAACAUGAUGUCAUGUGCAGACUAUAAAAUAGCAAAAUAGAGAAGGCAGGGGGAAAUUUUUGCAUUUAUAUUUUUAUAUUGUAGGAGAUAAAAAUAUAUAUAUAUACAACUAUUCAUUCAAAACCAGGGCUGCUGUGGAAGCUAGACAGCCAAUGAGUCAAGAGCCAUCUCUGGGCGGAGAUUCAAAGGCUUAAAAAAUUAUAUUCUAAUUUACAUUAUUUAUACUAUGUCUUUAUAAUCCUAGAUUGUUGUGGGUUUUUUUGUUUUGUUUUGUUUUGUUUUGUUUUGUUUUGUUUUGUUUUGUUUUGUUUUGUUUUGUUUUGUUUUGUUUGGAAUGACUGAGAGAAAAACCUGCUGCAGUUUGGUGGCAGGAGCUAUCAAUGCAAGAUUAUCUUGGAUUAUAUUCAUGUGAUGAUGUCGUACAAAGGUUCACGUAUUCUCUUGUGACCAAGGUAACAUGUUCCACAGCACAGCAGACUGAUGACAGCAGGAAGAAGGGAUGCUCUGCUUCUUCCUGCAAAAUAUUUCUUCCUUUCUUGAAGGGAUGAGGAGUCCAGCUGAAAUGUGAAUGGGGGACUUGCACCUUCCAUCACAAAGAGAUUGUUCUGUGGGCUCGGGGUUCUUCUUUGUUUUAUUCUUUUAAAGUGAGCUCCAGGCAUUCACACAUUAUCACUUCAGGUUAGAAAAGCAAAAAAAAAAAAAAAAAAAAAAACCAAAAAAACAACCAAAAAAAAAAAAACAAACAAAAAAAAACCAACCACACAAACAAAAAAGGUGCAAAAACUCCACAACAGAUGCUAGUGCCUUGCCCCGCUGAUGUGGCAUGGACAGCACCAACCUGACCAGACCAUCGUGAGGGUGAGAACCUGUUGUUCGGAAGGUGUCCAAGCCGACAUGUUCUCACUUCCCAGAGGGACAAGCUUUGUGCCAAGCUGUGUUGUUUGGAAACAUGAUGGUGGUAUCAGCAACACUGAACCUUUCCUUUCUCCUGUUACCCCCCCCUGCCCUUGGUCUUGGUGCUAAGAUAUCUCUAGAACCGUUGCUGCUAGUUGAUAGCUUUUCAUUUAUAUAAAUAUAUAUAUAUAUAUAUAAUAUUAUUUUAUUUUUUAAACUUUUUUGUUUGUUUUCAAUGGAGAUGUAGCACGUUUGGAACCGAUCUCUCUCGGAGUCACUUUCACUGCCAGGGUUCACGCACUGUCUUCCCCGGGAAAACACGCACUUCUACCUAGGUCUCGCUCACCUCCUGCUCGCCCCUUUUGCCCUCAGCAUGGCACAGAGCCCACGGGGAACCGCCACGCCGGUGUUGGUCAGAGUUUUGGAAGUUUUUCCCCUCUGUCCCUGUGGGGCUGAGCCCACCCAAAGCACUCACGGCGCCCAGCCCUCGCGUCCUGACUCUGCUCCUUUUGCUGUAAAACGGGGCUCGGUGGCCCGAGGGGGAGCGGGGCGGCGAGGGCUGGGUGGGCGCCCUGCCUUCUGUAGCACUUAACUCCCCGUCCCCUCUUGCCUUACCUCAGGUGGCUCGGGUGGGAGCCGGGGAGGUGAGGAGAUCCACUUCUCCCUCGUGGAAACGUCGCAGCCUAAGUCAGGGCGUCACGCCGCCGCAGCGCAGGGGCCUCGGUAGCGCAAGCGAAAAAAUGGCUUCGUUUGCCAUUUCCCCCCCCCCCGCCCCCCAAUAAACGAUGUGAUCGGAUUGACCCAUUCGUCUAGAGGAGUAAAAAUUAAACUGGAAGCUCUCCGCCAGCUGUGCAGGCGUGGGCAGUUGUUUGCUGGACGGUAAAACAGGGAUCUCUCCAGGCGAGGUGCUUGUGGGUGUCCAGCCCCAGCGAGUCAGCUGCGCUCGGGGUGCUGCCACGAAGCUCACAGAGCUGCUCCCUGCUGGGGAGCCCGCAGGCUCCCCCCUGAGUUAAAAUCUGAGGAGAAAAAAAAUAAUUAAAAUUAAAGAAGGAAAAAAAAAAAAAAAAAAAAGAUAGGCUGCUCUGUUAGUCUCUGGCCUGGAGAUUGGCAAGGUGAACGUAGAUGUGGGAGACAAGUGAAGUGAUAUGCCAGAGGGGCAGGUGGGGGAGAGUCUUCCUUGUCGAGCGUGCAUGUUGCAGCAGAAGCAAAAAUAACAAAAAUAUUUGAUGCAAGCUGCUGUGGCUGUUGGAGAGGCUGUAAAGAUAGUUUCCUUCCUUCCUCCCACCCAACCCUUUUUUUUUUUUUUUUUUUUUUUUUCAUUUUCCUUCGCUUGACUCCAUAGUUCUUGGUGGAGGGAAAACAAAAAAAAAAAAAAAAAAAAAUCACCCGCCUUUCCGUUUGCAGCAGUGAAAGCUCCUCGGCACGUGGCUCUGUCACAGAGGCCCGUCAAAGUGCCUGGCCUACGUGGAGGGAAGGGAUGCUGGCCCACAGUCUCCCGACACCUUUGCAGACAGGAGUGUUCCCCCAGGGCUUGUGCUGAGCCACCCCGAGACCUGUUUACAGCUCCUGCUCUGAGCCUCUUUACUUUUGCCACGGUGGGGGGGGGGGGGUGGGGGGAUGAGAAAAGAGUGCCUUGCCUUGUUGGCGAGGUAAGAGGCUUCUUCAGAAACAAUUCCUCUAAUUUGUCACUCCUUCCCUUUGGUCCGUUUGCAAAUCCUGCUCUCAUCAGUGACAUCUGUCACUGGCUGCUCUUACCCCUGACGGCGGAGCGAAACGUGCAGCAAGUGGUGGUUUUACUCGGGGCAGUCAGCUGGCAGUGGGAGAGCGCUCCUUGGUUUUGCAAAUAACUUUGUGUGCACCUGUGAGCCGUGUGGGUAGGGAGCGCGAUUCCCUGCCACGGGAUGCUGCGGACACCCGCGAUGGGGAAGGUCAGAGACCCCUCGCACGGGUGAAGGGGGGGAGCAGCCAGCCUGGCCCAGCCCAGCUCCCCAAACACAAACAAUUCCCCCAUCAUCCCCACAUCAGAAAAUCAACCCGGCCUUUGUCCUAGGCGAACACAGGUGCUUUGCAAGCUUUCCCUCUAGGUUUACCCGCCUAUCUCAGAUCUGUAGCUGUUACUCUCCCAUGGAUAGUCUGUGGAUGGAAACGUGACUGCCGGCAGGAGCAAGAUAGGGAGGAGGGAGGAAUACCAAUGCAAAGUGCCCCUGGCUUCCCAGUGCCCUGCCUGCCCGGCCUUUCCCCGGGGCAGAUGCGUUUCUGUUCCCUGUUUGCAAACUCUCUGGGGCCUGGCCGGGUGGCCGGCAGCAAGGCCGGGGCGGGGGGCAGCGGGGGGCAUGGGGAGGGCUCUCCUUGCCUCCAAGAUGGCCACGCGUCGGGUUUAAUUGAUGCCUUUCCCGCUGUGCUGAGCGAGGGAGAGGAGGUUGUUUUGAAGGUGUUGCUCGCAGCAUCUUGAACUGCUUUGGCUGCAAAGAGAGAAGGGUUUAGUUUUUUUCAAAUGAGCUCUCUAUUCUCUCCUUCCCCCCCCCCCCCCCCACGCAUCUUAGGUAUGGCAUCUGACUGUGAAUAACACACGCUUCUCCAGACCCUCGGGUUUGUAUUUCUAGCCCCCGGGCUUUUUGGUUGCCAAUUCUCCCUCCCCACUUUUUGCUCAGGCUCCUUGCCUCUUUGACCCUGCCGUGAAGCAGAAAUCCAUGAAGCACAUGCAGACAUGUCCUUCUGCAGGGCUCGCCAGCGGCCGCAGGGGCCCGGGCCCUCCGGCCACGAGGCCGAACUCAGCAGGGAUAAUCCUCACAAGAGACCAAAGCUCUUCCCAUACCAGCAAAAGCACACGGGAGCCACGGGGGGGCUUUGUGAGGGGAACGCGGUGGGCAGGGUCCCAGCGUCUCACCUGCCUUGGGUCUCGAGCUGACCGCGGCGAUGUCCCCCGUGCUGGUCGCGCUUUUGCUGAUAUGACUCCUCGGACGUGAUUCGGGCUCGGUCCAACUCUCUCACAGCACAAACUCAACCAGGCGGCCCGCGAAGUCUUCAGGGUCCCCUUUCUUUCUUAUCUCAUGAGGAUUGCUGUUUGUUUGACCAGUGGGUAAGACAGCCUAGACAGCCGGCUUGCAAAUAAGCAGCAACAGCCUCUGCUUUUGCAGGUUCCCCUCUCAGCCCUGUCAAAAGAGGUCUUAAAAGCAGAGAAACGGUACGUUGCUCCCCCCAGCCAUUGUAUUCAAUGCAGUAAUGCCUAUGCAAUUCCUGUCUCCCUUGGAGACACGUAUGAUGUGUGUGCAUGUAAGCUAGUGUAUGUAUACAGUACAUAUGCAUAUGGUCUAUAUAUUGUAUAUACGCACAUCCCAGUACAUAUACACACAAUACAAAAGAUUAAAAUCACAUGCUUAUAUAUCUAUAAAUAAAAUCCUAUAUAUUUAUAUAUUUCUAUGUUUUCGAUAGAUAUAAAGAUAUAAUAUAGAGAUAGACUCAACCACCCUUGUGUAAGGCUGGCCCUGUGUUCUGGCACAAGGCACAUAACACUGAAGACUUCGGACUUUGGGAUCGUUUUAGCCAUACACUGAGGCCUACAUUUACGUGUAUAGCACUCACUCUACGGAGAGGGGCUUUGCUGUGGUUAGGGCAAGUGGUUUCCUUGCCGGCGUGUUAACCAAGUGCUAAAUAAGGCUUGUGUAACGGUGGGGGGCGGGGGGGGGGGGUGUCUCGGUGGGGGGAGAACGCUGGCGUGUCCUUGUCUUCUCCCGAGUCUGCCUCUGGCUGAGGUCCUGCAUGUUCGCGUUUGGGCAGAUGCCUGUCCCACCCUCAGAUGCACUUUCCUCUCUCUGCACCGAUGCGCUUGGCAGCUGCGGGUGCCCGGCGCCGUGAAAACGUGGCUUUCGGCUGUUCUGCCCGGCAGUCGCUGGCACCCUGCCCGGGAGACCCGGCUCGGCGGCGCAGGCCGUGGGGCCGGCAGGACGGCGGCGGGAGAGCAAAGGCGUGACGGAGGGAGGCAGGCCGGAGGUGGCAGGGACAGCACGGAUGGGAAGAAGGGCACCCCAGGUUGGGAGCGAUAAGGAUGGGAGUGUGCCGGCCCUGCUGGGGAGGCACGUGCAGCUCUGUCCGGGCAGGGCUGGCCGCUGCUCUCCCUCGAGUCCCGCAGCCGCUCCCCGGGCAGGUUUGCUGGAGGGAAAGGAACGAUGCGAUUGCGCGGCAGGCGCCGUCGGUGGCGCGCGUGUGGUCCCGACCUCGCCAGACUGGAGCACCAAAGGGUGCAACCCUCCUUGCCCGACUUGUGCGGAGAGACAGUUAUUUUCGCAUGACAAGCAUUUCCAUGCCAGGACUGGGCUGGGGCGGGGGGGUGGGUCAGCCUUCCCCGAGUUUCUGCCGAUGCCUGCGGGAUGGGCAGCUGCCUCGUCCCUCCAUCCCUCCCUUCACCCGGCCGCUCGUAGGACGCUCACCCCACUGCGGGGUGAAGCCCUCGGCUGGCACCUUGCGGGGGGGGGGACACCCGAGAGGUGCCUCUGGCCGGGCUGGCAGCGGGUGGUGGGUCGCCGUGCUGCUUCCCCGUGAAGGUCGAAGCGGGGAAGCACGGAGGUUUGGCUUUGCAGCUCUACACCGGGCCUGGCAACCACGCGCUCCUCGCCGUUCGUUUUACUUGUUGGCUUCGGUCGGGAGGGGGGCGAGUUGUAACUCCGACGGCCGAAUGACUUGCUACACUGGUAUUGCAUGAGCAAACGCUGUGCAAGCUCCCCCACCACCACCCCACACCCCACCACCCCCCCCCACCCCCCCCCCCCCCCCCCCCCCCAAGCCCCACCACACACCUCAGCGCCCUUUUCCAGGCCUCUCUCCUCCACACAACUGGUAAUCCACCUCAGCCGCAACCCGCCCGCCGGCGGCUCCCCGUUCCGCCGCAGCGCCGGCGGGAAGCACCCCGGCACGUGUUCCUCACGAACCUCAAGAGACGGUUUCCUCACUCCCAGCUCUCCGUUCCUCCUUCGGAUGCCACUGACACUCGCGUAGGCUCAGCCCGCGGCCUGGCCGCCCGCCCGUGCCGGCAACGCUGCCGCCCGGCGAGGGGCUCCCAUGCACUGCACCUCAUGUCGAAUAAGCUCGCUGGGCUACGUGGGGGAACCGUGUCUCAUAUGCUGUAAUGUCCCGAAUGCUAUAGGAGGGCUACGGAGUUUUCUGCCAGUCGUGGCAUCCUCCUAGACUCACCCGACUGUUGGUAAAAAAAAAAAUGCAUUUCUACUUCCAGAAAACAAGAGGUUUUCUCUCAAACCUCACCAUAUCCAAGCACAGCCCUGCUGAACUGUUCCAAGCGAUCUCUCACCCACCCACCCACCACACACACCCACUCACACACACACGAAAUGAGAGAAAAAUAUCUAGACGUCUAUUACUACAUAUGUAUUACUAUGUUAAUAUCACUCUUUUGGAGAACAUUAAAAUGUUAUUACUUUACAGACUAUGCUUUAUAGUACCUGUGUGAAAGGACCUAGGACACUGGAUACGAAUAGAGCUAUGUUGAUAUAUCAUAGUAUGUACACGAGAACCUUCCUUUUGUCAUAUUAUCCUUGUAAUGUAAAAUGAUUGUUAAUAAAAAAACAUUUAAAUUUA